AUGCCCCUUAAUUCAGCGGCAAAUUCAUUGAGUUGACGAAAACACCCUUUACUUCUUUUCCACUCCCAACUCAACCUUUCUCCUCUACCAGAGUCAAAGAUCCUCUUUCUCUUUCUUACUUCUCAAUGCACGCGAAAAAUUUAUAGGCAAUUGAACUCGCUUUCUAUUUCUUUUCCACCAUGCAACAAUCUUGAACAUACAAUAGAAAAAACGUUAAUGGAUUUACUUGAAGGCGUCGGAGAGAGUUCAUCGCCACCGCGCUCAUUUGGCGGUUACAGCAACCACGAUAUCAGGACCGACGUUUACAACCGAUUGGUGGAAACCGGUCACGACGAAGCCAUAUCCAAUCCUGAUUUUCGCGAACAGCUUGAAGCUCACUUCAAUCUCUUGCCUCCAAGUUACGGACUUGAUGUUAAUGUUGAUAGAGCUGAAGAUGUUUUAGUUCAUCGGAAACUUCUUGAUUUGGCAAGAGACCCCGAUAAGCGCCCUGUUUACCAUAUACGCUUAUUGGAGAAUAUUUCUACUAGGACAGAUGGCGAAGAUCAAGAAAUUGUAAGUACUCAUACUAGCCCUGAGUUAUCUUCUCAUACAACAAAUGGGGGAGUCGUAGCAUCUAAUAAGAGGACAAGAGAUCUUGCAACUGAGUUUGAGCCUUGCUCAAAGCUUGAGGACCUAAAUUUGGAUGUUAUAAAGAACUCCAAGGAAACAAAAGAAAAAUUUGUUACUGACAGCUUUUCUCAAAGGCAUGAAAAUUCAAGUGUCCCAGUUCAUGAAAUAAUAUUUUCUGCUGUUGACAAACCAAAGCUUUUAAGUCAGCUGUCCGCUUUGCUGUCUGAUAUUGGACUUAACAUCCGUGAAGCACAUGUAUUUUCCACAACUGAUGGCUACUCCCUCGAUGUUUUUGUGGUAGAUGGAUGGCCACUAGAGGAAACUGAUGGGUUGUAUGCUGCAAUGGAAAAAGCUGUAGAAAGGAGUGAGGGGUCAUGGUCUCAUUCUUCAAAUUCUCAUUCAGCUGUGGCGAAAGCAUUAGCAGCGGAAGGAAAAUCUGGAGACUGGGAAAUAGACAGGAGGUCGUUAAAGAUAGGAGAAAAAGUAGCAUCUGGAUCCUGUGGAGAUUUGUAUCACGGAGUUUAUCUCGGUGAAGAUGUUGCUGUUAAGGUUUUGAAAUCUGGGCAACUGAAUGAUGCCUUAGAAGAUGAGUUUACGCAAGAAGUAGCAAUUUUGAGACAGGUGCAUCAUAAAAAUGUUGUUCGUUUCAUUGGUGCAUGCACUAAGUGUCCACAUUUGUGCAUAGUAACAGAGUAUAUGACUGGGGGAAGUCUGUAUGAUUACUUGCACAAAAAUCGUAAUGUCUUGGAGCAGUCUCAAUUGCUCAAGUUUUCAAUUGAUGUCUGCAAGGGAAUGGAGUAUUUGCAUGGAAAUAACAUAAUUCACAGGGAUCUGAAGACAGCCAAUUUGCUGAUGGAUACUCAUAAUGUUGUUAAAGUGGCAGAUUUUGGAGUUGCUCGGUUCCUUAUUCAGGGGGGAGUGAUGACUGCAGAGACUGGAACUUAUAGAUGGAUGGCACCCGAGGUCAUAAACCACCAGCCUUAUGAUCAGAAGGCAGAUGUAUUCAGUUUUUCCAUAGUACUAUGGGAACUAGUGACAGCAAAGGUACCGUAUGAUACCAUGACUCCACUACAAGCUGCUUUGGGUGUGAGACAGGGACUGCGGCCAGAACUUCCAAAGCAUGGGCACCCUAAACUAUUAGAUUUGAUGCAAAGAUGUUGGGAAGCAAUUCCAAGUACUCGUCCAUCCUUCAAUGAGAUAAGAGUUGAACUUGAAAAUCUUUUGCUAGAAGUGGAGAAUAAUUCAGAAGCUAACGGUGCUUAAGAUUUCAAGCGCAUACUAUUAUAUUCUACUUAUUUUCAUACGGUUGGGGUGGUCUUUCGCUGUUCAAAUAGCUGUAGAGUUUUUCACGCUCCCUUUUACUCCAAGGGUAAAAGGACUUCACAAAAGCUGACCAAUAGAGUGAGAACAUGUAAAGAGGCAUACUAAUGUUAUUUGUUUAUAUAAGUGAAAAAAGGAAUAACUUAAUAUAUAUAUACCAGGCAAAAUCGCGUCCAUGUUAACUGUGUAAAGAUGUUGUGAAAAGAGGAAUGUGUUCCACCCUGUUUUGAUGUGUUUUUUUUAAUGAUAUAAGAUGUGUUCUUUCAAUUGACGUAAAAUUAAUGAAGUUGUAUUCUGAGGGUAAUUAUUAUGUUAUGAACUAACGUUUCGUAUUGUAUAUCCAAGCUUAAGCUUAGUGCAAAGUAUUAAAAUUCUUUAUUA